AUUGGUUCUUGCAAACCAUACAAUAUUGUGAUAGAUUUUGCCAUUUUGGUAAUCAGUCUUGCGCACUAACAUGGCACUGCGUUCUGCCCUUACUUCCUUGCCAAUAUUGUUUUGCCUAUGUUUGUUUUGCGUGAAUGCAACUACCAACAAAACAUUCCUGCGAAUGGGGCAGUCAGUGGGAAACUCAGACACCAUUGUUUCUGACAGUGGGAACUACGAACUGGGCUUUUUUACCAGGGAGAAUUCCACCAAGUAUUAUGUAGGUGUAUGGUUUACAAAGGUUCCAGACGACAAGAUUGUUUGGGUUGCUAACAGAGAUUAUGCCUUUCAAACUUCCUCAGCUGUUCUUACUGUUAAGUCUGAUGGAAAUAUUGUGAUCGUGGACGGAAAAAUGACGUACCAAGUGACCAACAUUUCAAAUAUCGAUAGUACUUACGCUAUGCUCUUGGAUUCAGGAAACUUGAUACUGGUCAAUUACUCGAAUCAAGCAGUUUUGUGGCAGGGUUUUGAUAAUCCUACGGAUACCCUUUUGCCUGGAAUGAACUUAGGACAUGAUUAUGAGUUAGGAUACAGUUGGUCAUUGAGAUCAUGGACAAGUGCAGAUGACCCUUCUCCAGGAGAUUUUUCUCUCGAGUAUGAUUUUGGCCAGGCAAGUCUAAUCAUCAACAAGAGUUCUAAUUCUAAGGUAUUCUGGAUUGAUGACAAUUCCAAUGUUUCAAUUCAGAGUGUUAUUAACCGAAUAGGUAUGGAACAAAACAUCAUGAACUAUUUCACUUGGCAAGCUAAUAGCAAUUCUCGGGUGGUACUAGAAGUUUCUGGGGAACUUAACCUGCAGUAUUGGUCAGAGGAAGAUAAACGUUGGGUUUCUCUACAGUCAUCAAAGUGUGGAACAAACAAUUCUUGUGGAGCUUUUUCCAUUUGUAAUCCUCAAGCUCUUGAUCCUUGUGAGUGUCUUUAUGGUUUCAAGCCGUUUGAUGUUGAUUCUUGGAGGCAAGGGAUCUCAUCUGCUGGCUGUGUCAGGAAAACAGAGUUAUCCUGCAGCAACACAAGCAGUGACACUGUUCAGGGGAAUGAUGGGUUCUUGCAGCUUAGUAAGGUGGAAUUACCUUCUAGCUCAGAUGGAGUCACGUUAAAGACGGAUACUGCAAGAAAAUGUGAAAGUAUUUGCUCUAGCAAUUGUUCUUGUGUUGCUUAUGUUUAUGAUUUUAACGCUACCUGCCAAUUAUGGAUGGACCAAGUAUUGAUUUUAAAGAACAUCUCAGCUGAUAUUUAUAAAGAUAAUCCAAGUUUUUAUCUCAGACUUGCUGCCUCAGAAAUCGUUGAUUCAAACAUACCGAAUGAAACAAAACCACCGAAUGCAUUUGACAAGCAUGAUAACAGGCGGAGGGAUAGACUUCUAAUUGUUAUACUGAUCUCAUUUACAACGUUGCUUAUAAUAUCGUGCCUAAUCACUUACUGGGCUAGAAGGCAAAGGAGGAAAGGUAAGAAAGGGGAAGAUUUGCUACAUUUUGAAGUAGGAAUGAGCAUGAAAGUCAGAGAGUCAGAGUUUACUGAAGCAAAUAAGGGUGCAAAAGUUAAUAACAAGGAAGUUAAAUUGCCAUUAUUCAGUUUCGUGAGUGUUUCAGCAGCAACUGAUAACUUUUCAGAUGCAAAUAAACUUGGUGAGGGUGGCUUUGGACCAGUUUACAAGGGUAAAUUAUUGAAUGGGGAUGAGGUUGCUGUAAAAAGGCUAUCUCGAAGAUCUGGUCAAGGAUGGGAGGAGUUGAGAAAUGAAGCCUUGUUAAUUGCUAAACUUCAACACAAUAAUCUUGUUAGACUUUUGGGCUGCUGCAUUGAUCGAGAUGAAAAGAUGCUGAUUUAUGAAUUUAUGCCUAAUAAAAGCUUGGAUUUUUUUCUUUUUGAUGCAACAAAAAGAAGGAUGCUAGAUUGGGGAACACGAGUUCGGAUAAUUGAUGGAAUUGCACAAGGUCUCCUUUACCUUCAUCAAUAUUCCAGGUUCCGGAUUAUUCAUCGAGAUUUGAAAGCUAGCAACAUAUUGUUAGACAUCAACAUGAAUCCUAAAAUAUCAGACUUUGGAAUGGCAAGAAUAUUUGGUGAGAAUGAACUUCAAGCAAAUACAAACCGGAUAGUAGGGACUUAUGGCUACAUGUCCCCUGAAUAUGCUCUGGAAGGCCUUUUCUCAAUAAAAUCUGAUGUGUUUAGCUUUGGCAUCCUUUUGUUAGAGAUUGUAAGUGGCAAGAAGAAUACUGGUUUUUAUCAAACAAACUCCCUCAAUCUUCUUGGAUACGCUUGGGAUCUAUGGACAAGCAAUUCGGGAACGGAUAUGAUGGAUCCAGCAUUGGAAGAUUCCCCUAGUAAGCAUAUAGUGUUAAGAUAUGUGAACAUAGGACUUCUAUGUGUUCAAGAAAGUCCACAAGACAGGCCAACCAUGUCUGAUGUUGUAUCAAUGAUAGGCAAUGACACUAAGGCGCUUCCUUGCCCUAAGCCACCUGCAUUUCUAAAUGUGAGAGGCAAUGAAAAUUCACGAAUUGCCAGAAGGAUGGCAGAAAACUUAUCUGUGAAUGGUAUGACACAUUCACUUCUGGAAGCAAGAUGAAGUUGAGACUUCUCUCGUAGUAAGAUUUGAUAGUUGUUUUGGAAACACUUAAAAACAUUUUCUCUAGGAAGGUUUCAAUUACCCCCCUCCCCCUCUUUUGUACCUUGAUUUGGUCAGUCCUAUGUUCACGAUUUUAAUUUAUUUAAUUAACCUUUGAAACC